AACCAAAGGAAAUAAAAAAAAGAAAAAGAAAAAGAAAAAGAAAAACUCUGCAUGCUGUUCCUCAACUCACCUGUAAACCUCAUUCCCUCCUUCCUUCUCAACUCUCUCUCUUUCUCUUCACUCUUUUUCUAAUUUUCCUUCAAAACCCUAACAAAAAACGCACAACCCUCUCUCUUCCAAUUCCACUCUGUUCCGCUCUCUCUUUCCAAUUUCUUUCGUUUAUUUCGCUCUCAAUUUUCCACGGCUUUGCGAGGGAAAUCGCUCUCCCUCAACUCUUGUUGCACACUGAUACACUAUUUCAGUUUAGCUUAGAAUAUCGUUCCCAAUUGAUACCCCUCUCUGUAGUUCAAUGAUUCUUGAUUUCAUUAGUCUCGUAUUGUAUCGUCCAUGUGGGAAUUUUGAUGCAAUACUAUUAUUAACUUCUUUAACAUAAAAUCACUAAUUGCAUUUGUCAUUUCGUGAUGGAGGACAAUGAAGUAGUUGAUGAUCAGAACUCGGGAUGGUUCCAAGUCAAGAAGAAGCACAGAAAUACUUCAAAAUUCUCUUUGCAGAGCUGGGUUGGAGGUUUAUCGGGAAAAAAUGCUUCUAACUCUAUGCGCUCUCUGCAUUCCGUGAUUAAAACUGAUGACAAUUCACAUAGCCAGCAGAAAAAUCAUCUUUCAAGGUCAGGGGAGAUUUUUUCACAGAACCCUGUCCCUGGGAGUGUUGUAACUUCUCUUUCUGAAUUAAAUGAAAAAGAGGGCACGAACUUUCUUAAUACAAGUGUAGUUAGACAUAAUACUGAAAGUCAAAAGUCAACUCCAUUACUUACUACAGAUUCUCAAGGUAAACUUGAAGAAGUUAGGAAAUCACACAAAACUGAUAAGCCCGACUUAGUGCAGAAAACGAGAUGGGGUGAUUUAGAGGAGGGGGGCUUGGCGCUGCCACAUGAAAACAUGAUUGGAGUUGGAAUCAGGUUUGGUAGUAUUGGAGAUGAUAGUUUGGUUAGCUGUAGAAAGCAUGAGAGUAUUCCUGAUACCUGUGAUUCAUGUCAUGCCCAAGAAAAAGACUUGACAGCAACUACUAUUGAUGCACGGGUUGCUUCUCAUCAGAUUCCUACAGUGAAAUGUGAGGAUGAAACAUUUGGGGAGAAUGGUAAAGAUGUUAAGAACAUAUCUUUGGAACAUAUUAAAAAUCAAGAAAUGAACACAGAAAGAAUUGGGCCUGAAGGUGAUAUAUUAUAUUGCGAUAAGAAAAAUGAAGUGAAUAAAACAACUGAUAGUGGUGUUAACAAAGAUAUUUUGUCUUCCAAAGAUGCUGCAGUGGUUGCAAAUCAAUCUCACGCUUUUAUCAAUGUGGUAAGUGAUAUAAAUAUUUCUUUAGUGCCUGAACAAAAUUGCAGUUUAAGCAAAGCAGUUAAUGCCCAGGGUACUGAGUCACAAGUACCCAAAAUUGUCAAUGAUUCUGUAGCUUCUGCUGAAGAGUUUAGCGAUCAACAGGGUGUCAAUGUGGAAAAUAUUGUUUCAAACCCUCAUAAUGUGAAUGCUCUUGAAGAAGGUGAUUCAAAUGAAAGCAAAGAAAGGUUCAGGCAAAGGCUUUGGUGCUUUCUGUUUGAGAAUCUUAAUAGGUCUGUAGAUGAACUUUAUCUACUUUGUGAACUAGAAUGUGAUUUGGAGCAGAUGAAAGAGGCAAUUCUUGUUCUUGAGGAGUCCGCAUCUGAUUUUAGAGAGCUAAUCAUUAGAGUUGAGGAAUUUGAAAAGGUUAAAAAAUCUUCUCAAACAGUUGAUGGAGUUCCUGUCAUCUUGAAGAGUGAUCACCGCAGGCCACAUGCUCUCUCAUGGGAGGUCCGAAGGAUGACAACCUCACCUCAUAGGGCAGAUAUACUGUCUUCUUCUCUUGAGGCUUUUAGAAAGAUUCAACAUGAGCGUGCUAGCUUGCGAUCUGGUAAUACCACAGAAAAUGCCAUGUCUAAAUGUUUGACUUCUGAACCUGUUGGCAAUAUGAACAAAUCCAGGGUCAGCUGUGGAACACAUGAUGCCAAAGAUUCAUUGAGAAAGUCUAGAAAACAUGUUGGAUCUUCAUACGCUAAACAAGGAAACUUGAAUGAAAAAAAACAAAAUAUAGAAGGGGGGAAACCCUGUGAUGCCAUCACAAUGCAGAAUGGAUGUAACGCACCAGAGAGCAUAUUAACUUCAGAAGUUAAUUUAUCUAAAUUACCUCCCUUGGAAAAUUCUGCUUUAGCUACUACCAAGGGUAAAAGAGAUCACCUUGGUUCUGGAUCUGAGAAGAUACUUUCUAAGAAAGAUAAAGCACCAACAGAAGUUGUUAAUGAGAAAAACCCCGGACCCACAGAUAAUCUUAGGAGGCAAAUGCCACUGCCUGAAAAAGAUAAGGAAAAGCGGAGUACCGCACCAGGAAAGUCUUUGAAUGCUUGGAAAGAGAAGAGGAACUGGGAGGACAUACUUUCAUCUCCAUUUCGUGGCUCUUCCCGCAUGCCAUAUUCACCAAGCCUGAACAGGAAAAGUGCUGAGCGUGUACGUACUCUGCAUGAUAAACUAAUGUCUCCUGACAAAAAGAAGAAAACAACUUCAGACUUAAAAAAGGAAGCAGAAGAAAAGCAUGCUCGUGCUAUGAGAAUCAGAAAUGAGUUAGAGAAUGAGAGAGUCCAAAAGCUUCAACGUACAUCAGAAAAAUUAAAUCGUGUUAAUGAAUGGCAUGCUGUUCGCCAUAUGAAGUUACGAGAAGGCAUGUAUGCACGGCAUCAACGCAGUGAAUCUCGUCAUGAAGCUUUUCUAGCUCAAGUGGUGAAGAGAGCUGGUGAUGAAAGUAGCAAAGUAAAUGAGGUUCGGUUCAUUACUUCCUUGAAUGAAGAAAAUAAAAAGUUGAUGUUGCGUCAGAAACUUCAUGAGUCAGAGUUGAGGAGAGCUGAAAAGCUUCAAGUGCUAAAAUCUAAGCAAAAGGAGGAUUUGGCAAGAGAAGAAGCUGUUCUAGAGCGCCGAAAACUCAUUGAGGCUGAAAAGUUACAGCGUCUUGCUGAGAUUCAGAGGAGAAAGGAGGAAGCUCUAGUUAGAAGGGAAGAGGAAAGAAAAGCAUCAAGUGCAGCACGGGAAGCAAGAGCUAUCGAACAGCUUCGAAGAAAGGAAGAAAGAGCCAAAGCACAACAAGAGGAAGCUGAACUUUUGGCCCAGAAAUUGGCAGAGAGACUUAAUGAAAGUGAACAACGUCGUAAGGUUUACCUGGAGCAAAUUCGGGAGAGAGCAAAUUUGAGGGAUCAAGCAUCCCCUUUGCUACGUAGAUCUUUAAAUAAAGAUGGGCAAGGUAGAUCUACACCUACAAACAGUAGUGAUGAUUCUCAAACAAACAUUGCCUCUGGCAUUGGUUCCAGUCUUGGAAUAGGCAAUAUCACAUUGCAACACUCAAUAAAGAGAAGAAUUAAGAGAAUUCGACAAAAGCUUAUGGCCUUAAAAUAUGAGUUUCUUGAGCCCCCUCUUGGUGGGGAAAGUGCUGGCCUGGGAUAUAGAGUAGCUGUUGGUGCUGCUAGGGCAAAAAUUGGCCGGUGGCUUCAAGAACUUCAAAGACUUAGGCAAGCAAGAAAAGAAGGGGCCGCAAGUAUUGGGCUAAUAAUUUCUGAAAUGAUCAAGUAUUUGGAGGGAAAGGAUCCUGAGUUACAAGCAUCUCGUCAAGCUGGACUACUUGAUUUCAUUGCUUCUGCCUUGCCUGCAUCUCACACGUCAAAACCUGAAGCAUGCCAGGUUACGCUGCACUUGUUAAAACUUCUGAGAGUUGUGCUAUCUGCACCUGCAAACAGGAGUUAUUUCCUUGCACAGAAUCUUUUACCCCCAAUCAUCCCAAUGCUUUCAGCAGCUCUUGAGAAUUAUAUAAAGAUUGCAGCAUCUUUAAGCGUUCCUGGCAACUUCAGUUUAUCAUCAAGUAAAGCAUCCAUUGAGAACUUUGAAUCAAUAUCCGAAAUAUUAAAUAAUUUUUUGUGGACUGUUACAGCAAUUUUUGGUCAUAUAAGCUCAGAAGAAAGACAACUUCAGAUGUGGGAUGGCUUGCUGGAGUUACUGAUUUCCUAUCAAGUGAUUCAUCGGUUAAGAGAUCUUUUUGCACUUCAUGAUAGACCACAGAUGGAAGGGUUGGCAUUUCCUGCCCCUAUUCUCUUAAGCAUACAUCUUUUAGUGGUUUUGACCUCCAGACCUGGAAGAUUGAGUUAUAUUGACUGGGAAUCUUCCCCUGUGGCAAUGGAGCAGGAAAUUGGCAGUGAAGGGGUGAAGUUUUCAGAUUCUGCACAUUUUGUAGUGAAUAACACUCGGGGAGAUUGUGGUCCCUUAUCGGGGAUCAAUGGAAGCUCAGCUGUGCAUUUACCUGAUGUCCCUGAGGACAGACCAUUGGAUGAAAUAAAUAAGGUGAACAAGAAUGAUGAAUCUAUUUCCAUUGACAAGGAUUGUGAAUUGAAGCAUGAUAGUCCUGUCAAAUUAAAAAAUGAUGAUAUGGAAAAGAUAGAUGGUCUAGAUGAAUCUAAGGAAAAUCAGAGUGGGGAUAUUGCUAAUUCUUCUGUUCUCCAAAAGGAUGAAAAACAUACAGUCAUGAAUGGUACAGUACAUAAAAAUGAAAAAGCGUCAAAUUUGGCUCAGCCUGUUGUAUUUCUUCUUUCGGCUAUUUCUGAAACAGGACUUGUCAGUCUCCCUUCUCUUUUGACUGCUGUUCUUCUGCAGGCAAACAAUAGAUCCUCCUCUGAACAGGCCUCAUUUAUCCUCCCAUCUAAUUUUGAAGAGGUUGCUGCUGGAGUACUGAAGGUGCUGAACAAUGUAGCUCUUUUGGAUCUUGUAUUUUUGCAACGAAUGCUGGCUAGGCCAGAUCUGAAAAUGGAAAUUUUCCAUUUGAUGAGCUUCCUUCUUUCUCAUUGUGCCAGCAAGUGGAAAGCUCCUAAUGAUCAGGUUGGUUCACUGGUGCUUGAAUCUCUUUCUCUUCUCGGCCACUUUGCAUUGUUUCAUCCUGGAAAUCAAGCUGUCCUUCGAUGGGGAAAGAGUCCCACCAUCCUCCAUAAGGUGUGCGAUCUGCCAUUCGUUUUCUUCAGCGACCCAGAAUUGAUGCCAAUCCUGGCUGGCACAUUAGUUGCUGCAUGCUACGGGUGUGAGCAGAACAAGUUCGUUGUUCAGCAAGAACUGAGCGUUGACAUGCUACUUUCCUUGCUAAGAUCUUGUAGAAAUGCUACACCUGCAUCUCAGCUUAAUUCAACCGUAGACAAUUCCAUAACAGAUGAAUCUAGUGAAUGUAAUCAAUUAGGUACUGAAAUUAGAAAGCCUCAAGUGGACAUUCCUGGAAAAUACAGCCGAUCCAAUAGCAAAGGCACUCGGGCUUCAUUGGGGAAGAGUGGUUCUCUGGGAAAUAGCAUAAAAAAUGGCAGGAUAAGAAGCCUACGGGACAGCAAAACAACUAAGAAUUCUGAAGAAGCGGCUCCUAAGCAAAAUGAGACCUCACAUUUAAUGUUGCACUGUAGAUUUCCUCAAAGCUUCAUAGACAGAGUGGAGCAGUUCUUUUCAGUGGAAAUUGCCAUCGGGGUUGAUGAAGUCUGAGGUUAAGCAUCAUGAACUCAUUUUGAUCGGUAAAUCCAAGAACUUCACACGUGUCUAACUGAAUAUGUUCCAUUAAACAUAUUUCACACUUCUAAUACAACCACAUGAUCAUCUGAAAAGCUGACGUGGCUCUGAAGAUUAACCUCCGAGUUACACACUAAAGCUCGUUCCAUAGUCAAUGCUAAAAUUAUUGAACUUAUGGGAAGUAAUAUAUUCAUACUACGGGUUAAGCCUUUUUGUAAUGUACAAGUAAUAGAAAGUUGCUGUUGAUAAUAGCCACCAUUAAUUAGCAUUGCUGUAAUUAUAGCUGAUAUGGUCUUGGACUAACAAUCUCCGGCUAUCGAUUUGUCUUGUGAACUUUAAACUUAUAUUUUGAAUUAUCAAUCUUUAUAUACGGUGGAUUUUUACAACGUUUUAAUAAAAAUACUUGAGAAAUUUUAC